AUGGAGUUUGUGCUCAUGAGAGGCAUUGUUCUUGAUGGAGGGCUCAGGAGAGUCCCUGUGCAUCUCCGAAGAGGUCCAAGUCCUGGAUCCACUCCAUCCCCACCUCUGAUGCUGCAACAAAAGGCAGGGGUGGGGGAGCUUUUCAAACUGGGGCCUUUGCAGAAAGUUCUCACAGAUUGUUCUGUUACUGUCUCAGUAGCCCAGGCUGGGAAGUCAUCAGCAAGGCUCUGCCCCAACACACUUGCCUUCUCUGACCAGGAGAAUUUAGGCCUAAAUUCAGAAACUCAUCAGCCUCAAGGAAAGUCUGGGUUCCAGAGUCGACUCUUUACCUUAGGACUGAACAAGAACAGUUUAGUCAAAAAUACUGUUCAGAUCGAGUUCAGAAGACAGCGAGAGGCCUUGGAGAAGAAACUUGAACUGGCUGAUUAUUGCAUCGGCCCCCUGUUUUGGGGCUGCAUGCCUGUGGGCCCUUGGGGUGCACAGCCAGUGGCUCCCUGGUUAGCACCAUGGCUGGUUUUUAUGGUUGCCGCAGAGUGGAGGGUGGCAGAGCGCCUGCCUGAAGUGCAGGGCUCCCUACCCACGCACCCACCCACCCCCAAGCGGGGCGGUCGACUCGAAAAGGGGCAACGAGGAGCCACCCAGAGAUGGGCAGCGGGCAGGGUGCCGCGUCUGGGGCUCGAACUAGCGCCGUCGCACCCUGGCGCGAACACCGGUUGCGGGCAGUGCUCUCCCGGGCGAGCUCGCGCAGGCUUUCUCUUCUUCCCGCCGUCGCCCCUACCCUACUCACCUGAGCCUCAGAGAGCGAAGGACCAAGACAUUCCCCGGCUGUUGCCGUUGUUGUUGAUUAAUGUACUUGCAAAGGUGCAAGUUCAAGGAAUGACUGGAAAUAUCCAAUUUGACACUUACGGACGUAGGACAAAUUAUACCAUUGAUGUGUAUGAAAUGAAAGUCACUGGCUCUCAAAAAGCUGGCUAUUGGAAUGAGUAUGAAAGGUUUGUGCCUUUUGCAGAUCAGCAAAUCAGCAAUGACAGUGCAUCCUCAGAAAACCAGACCAUAGUGGUGACUACCAUUCUGGAAUCACCAUACGUUAUGUAUAAAAAGAACCAUGAGCAACUCGAAGGAAAUGAGCACUAUGAAGGCUAUUGUGUAGACUUAGUCUAUGAAAUAGCUAAACAUGUAAGGAUCAAAUACAAACUGUCCAUUGUCGGUGAUGGGAAAUAUGGUGCAAGGGAUCCAGAGACUAAAAUAUGGAGCAUGGUUGGAGAACUUGUCUAUGGGAGAGCAGAUAUAGCUGUUGCUCCACUCACUAUAACACUGGUCCGCGAAGAAGACAUAGAUUUUUCAAAGCCGUUUAUGAGCCUGGGCAUCUCCAUCAUGAUAAAGAAGCCUCAGAAAUCAAAACCUGUUGUAUUCUCAUUUCUGGAUCCUCUGGCUUAUGAGAUCUGGAUGUGCAUCUUCUUCGCUUACAUUGGAGUCAGUGUAGUUCUUUUCCUAGUCAGUAGAUUCAGUCCUUACGAGUGGCACUUGGAAGAUAACAAUGAAGAACCUCAUGACCCACAAAGCCCCGCUGAUCCUCCAAAUGAAUUUGGAAUAUUUAACAGUCUUUGGUUUUCCUUGGGUGCUUUUAUGCAACAAGGAUGUGAUAUUUCUCCAAGAUCACUCUCUGGGCGCAUUGUUGGAGGGGUCUGGUGGUUCUUCACCCUGAUUAUAAUUUCUUCCUAUACUGCCAAUCUUGCUGCUUUCCUGACUGUGGGGAGGAUGGUUUCUCCCAUAGAGAGUGCUGAAGACUUAGCCAAGCAGACUGAAAUUGCAUAUGGGACCCUGGACUCUGGUUCAACAAAAGAAUUUUUCAGAGUAAGUGCUUUACAGUUAAUUGUGCCUGCUGGUUUUUAUUUUAUCAUCUUUUCACAAAGGCAAAUUCACAGUGCUUUUAAGGGAGGAUUGGGAUGUGGUUGUAAUAUUAUCAAAAGAGAGCUUCUUAAAUGUGGCACUGCUUGAUUGAUGACCUAAUUCAUUGUCCUUUAGAACUAUGAUGACUCAUGUGAGGCAUAACAAGUGGCAUGUUGAGAGCACUGAGUUUGGACUCCCAGGUUUGAAUACCAACUCUGCCACAGUGAUUAUCCUUGGGCAAGUCAUUUAACUUCUGUCAGCCUUCAUUCCCUUAUUUGAAUAAUGACUUGGUUGGACCAAAUAAUAUUCUCCCUUCUAACUUUUCAAAAGCAGUGAUUUUAUGUCUCAGCAAUUAACAGAAAUUAGGUAACUGACUUUGACUAAGAUACUGAUGAGAGACAGACUCUAAAAUAUUGUGUAUUUCAUUUUAGAUGACAGCUUCCUAUUAAAAUGUUUCAAGUACUCAUGUACAUGCUGACAAGAAAAUUUUCAGGGCAGCUGAUUAUUGUUUUAAUUUCUUAAGUCAAUCUAUGUUCCC